AUGUCUGCAAAACCUGUCUCUAAAGGCGAUGCCAUUGACUUCAAUAUUGAGACCAUGACUGUUGAACAGGGCCUGCACCUCAUUGAGCAAGAGCGGGUGCAACCGCUUUUGACUUACCUGAGGACAGGUGUCUUUGAGAAUAGAAACAAUAUGACGUUCAUGAAGGCCUAUUCGGUCGUUGUACAGUUUGGCGACCAACAACAGCAUUCCGUGAAGCUGUACGUCUAUUACAAGCAGGUGAUUCACGGUUACUGCACUGAGGCAAUGUCCCAACUCUCCCAGCUUUCAGGGGAGGAGUUGCUGGCCGCUUUAGCCCAGCUCUGGGAGAAGAAUACCAUUUUGGUCUUUUGGAUGCAGCGAGUCUUCCAGUACUUGGAUCGAUUCUUCACCAAGAGCAGCACCGAAUAUCCGGACCUCUUCAGGGCUGCCCUUCAAUGCUUCACCGACACGGUCUACACCAAGGUCAAGGUCAAAUGUGUGGCUGCCAUGGUGGACGUGGUGAACCGAGAGCGUGAUGGCCAUGAAAUCAACCAAGACGUUCUCCGUUUGCUGGUGGAGAUGCUCUGCACCGUAGGUGAUUCUGGCCCCAAAGUGGUGAAACAAAAAGAGGGUGACCGAAAUAGUGCAGAUCGACUGCUCUGGCAGUCACAAUCCCGUGGGCUUUACAAGGAAGACUUUGAAAAGAAAUUAUUGGCUGCCACCAACGACUACUACAAGUCCAAAGUUGCUGGAUGGAUGGCCGCCUACUCAUGUCCUGUGUUUCUUCAGGAGAUCCAACGUCGCUUGGAGGAUGAGGAGAGCCGGCUGAGCCGCUACCUCGAUUCGUCCUCCGAAAAGGACUUGAAAGCUGUGGUGCAAGGGGAACUCAUUCUCCAAACAGCAAAGGAAUUGGUUGAGAUGACCACUGGCGCGCAUUCCAUGUUCGUGAACAAACGCUAUGAGGAGCUGAAGCUCAUGUACAGAAUCUUCAGACGCGAACCUUCAAUGCUGCCACAUAUCAUCUCUGUGAUGGAGCCAUACAUUGAGCAAAGGUGUUCUGCAAUAGUUGAAGACCAACAAAUGAUUGAUAACCCUCCCACAUAUACAGAGAGGGUUCUGGAAUUGAAAAAUGAGGUUGACAACAUGGUUGCCACUUGCUUUGAGAGUGAUACUGGAUUCCAAAAAGGUAGAAAUAAAGGCUUGGAAGCGGUGUUGAACAAGGACACUCGCUGUGCCAAGUAUCUCGCUUUAUUCAGUGACCUUCAGCUCAAGAAGGGCUUGAAGGGCCGGAAUGAAGAUGAGGUGCAGGUCUUGGUGAAUCAGGUUGUGGGGCUUUUUGCCCACCUGAAAGACAAAGACAUUUUCCUUGACAUCUACAAGAGUGCCCUGUCACGGCGAUUGCUGAAUAAGCUGUCUGUCUCCAAUGAUGCGGAAGAUUGUUUUAUCACAAAGUUAAAGGUGGAGUGUGGGCAGCAAGCCAUUCAAAAGCUUGCUUCGAUGUUUACCGAUAUGGCGCUGAGUGAUCAACUCCAAGAGGAGUACAUGAGGGCUUCUCACCAUGGCUCGCCGGGUGGUGUGACCCAUGAGGUGCGGGUCCUUCAAACCAACGCAUGGCCGGAGAAGGCGGAUGAUGCACCCGUUGUGCUGUGCCCAGAGAUGUUGACCUGCAUCAGAGCCUAUGAGAACUUCUACCAUGCCAAGCACAACGGGCGAAAACUCCGGUGGAUCUACAACAUGGGGCACCUAGAAAUCAAGUGCCAUGGCCUGUCGCGGCAGCAUUUGUUGGUGGUGUCCACCUACCAAUGCCUGGCGCUGAUGCUCUUCAAUGGACGGCAGGAAGUGACUCUGAGAGAAAUCGUGGAGGCGACUAAACUGCCAGAGGAGGAAUGCAAACGGCAGGUGAUGUCCUUGACGGUGUCGCGGCACAAAGUUCUGAUGCAUGAUGGCUCUGGAAAGGACUUGGCACUUGAUGCCAAGUUGGAGGUGAACAACGGCUUCACCAGUGAAAAGAUCAAGGUCCAAGUGAGUUUGAUCAAAAAAGAGGAAAAGGCUACUGAGACCACAACCCUGGCUGAGGCCCCAGUGGAAAGGAAGCAUGUCAUUGAUGCAGCCAUCGUCAGGAUCAUGAAAUCCAGAAACCGGCUGGAGCAUAACGCUCUUUUGGAGGAGGUUUUCAGGCAAUGCACUUUGUUCAAGCCGCAGCCCACGCAAAUCAAAAGCCAAAUUGAACAUUUGAUUGAACGUGAAUUUCUCAAACGAGAUGAGAAGAAUCGGCAUGCCUAUGUCUACUUGCCGUAA